AUGCUUCGCUCUGUUGGGUUCACCCGAGGGCCUCACCGCAGCGCGCAGGUCCUGGGUUAUCUUCCAGGGCCUUCGCCGCGACGUCGGCUUUGCCAAACGCGAGGCCUUUCCACUGUGGAAAGGAAAAAGCCGGGGAAAGUGACGCCAUACCACGCCCAGCCCACCGCCUGCGCUUUUAUUUUGGCUUUACUUUCGAUAAACCUGCGUGGGUGUUUAAAAACGUCGUGGCAAAAGGCGCCGGGCUCGACAGCUCUUUGUCCGCCGCCUGCGGAAGGGAAACCGCCGAUUUCAGGGGAAGUGGCGGUUGUUGGGCCGUCCUUUUCGUUCUUGGCUUCUCCGACUUGGAAAAGGCCGAAGUUCGAUCGCUUUUGGAUUCGAAAGGCAGCGUGGGGGGCACCAUCCAUUCAAUGCGGGAGUAUUCGAUGCAUCCAUACCCAACACCUCCCACUCGGAGAAUGCUCAGACGGCGCGGGUUUACGCCGCAAGCGGGAAGGAUAUUCGGUUUUACCGGACCGCCAUGCGUUUGAUGAGGCUGAUAGCGAUGCGAAUGAAAACGGCCAAACACCCAUCCGCUCUUCCGAUCCAUUUACCGCGAAGCCGGUGUAUGAACCGCUCGGUGAGGUUGGCUGGGGACCCAAGGGCGGCCUCGCCCCGCAUACCCGCCUGCGAAGGCGGCCUUCGAAUCCGCUGGUUUUAUGGGCCCCCGACGAUGUCGCUCGGGCGGACUUUUUCCCGACCCCUUUGCCCUCUUCCGGGCCUGGCCAAACGAUAUGCAAAGACGACGAGGAUGUGGUGCUGGAUACCCCGACGGCGCUGCUCUCGAUGCUUGAAAGUUCGGACCACGCAAACGCCGUGGGGGAUGGCCCGCCCUAUACAAAAGGGGAGCUAAUUCACGAAGGCGAAUGGACGAAUUCUGAUAGCCCUGCCGCACGGGGAGUAGGGCAGGAUGUGAUUGAUCUCGUCACCGAUGUCUUUGCGGCGCAGCGCGAUGCGAUAAUCGAAAAACGGCGUCGGGUGCUUUAUGAAAUAACCCAUCCAUCCGCCUCGGAUUAUACGUACGGGGGGAAAAUGGUGCCGCCGCCACCGCUAAGUUUUGGCAAAAUCACGGAAGAGGCCGUCAAACUCGGCAAUCAACUGAUGGUUGAGCAGGAAUACUUUUUGGUGAAUCAGUCGGGGACCAAAGUCGACCAAACACCUUCCCUGAGUGCUUCUUCUUUUGCAUCUUUCUCUGCAUCGCCCAUGGUGGAGGCGGGGGCGGAUAAUUUUGGCAAACCCACUCCAGGCCGGGCGGAACACCCCGCGGCGACCUCGCGCGCAUCCCCCCAUCGCGGACGAGCGCGGGAGGGGAAUAUUUUUCGCGAUCAUCGGUACUUUUUCGAGAUCAACGAGCUAUACCAAGAGAUCGUGUUGGUGGGCAAGGCGUGUGCGGGGAAGUCGAGCCUUUUGAAUGCGUUGUUAGGGCAGUCCGUCGCGAAGACCAGCAGCAUACCGAACACCACGCGGGCGAUUUCGUUCUACCAAAGCGUCAGCCCCGACGCCUUGCGGGCCUUUCACGCACGAAACCAUCAUAACCUGGUCAAGCUCCCGGGCGGGGGUCUUCAGCUGACCUUUGUCGACCUCCCCGGCUUCGGGAUUGAGGGGAUGAGCGAUCGCUGGCGAGACGCCGCGAUCGAGCUGACGGAUGCCUACUUCGGUGUCCGGCGCUCGGUCAAUACGGUGUUGUUUUGCAUUGAUUGCGAUCGCGGCCUCACCCAAACCGACCUCAAAUAUUUUCAAUGGCUCGAAAACGUCCAAGGGGUGUUUUUUCCCGUCCUCACAAAGUGCGAUGCCGUCCCGCACUCUCGCAUCUGCGCCGUGAUGCGGCAAAUCUACACCCUCAUCACCGCGAAACGCAAAAAAUAUCAAAAAGUCUUCCCGUUUAUUAUCCCAACCUCCUCCAGGGACGGCACGAACAUCGAGGUGCUGCGAGGGCUUAUUACGGAAUCCUCCGGGAUGAUCCCGGGGGAUCGGCUGCGCGAAUUACUCCACCGCAAGCAAACCGCACUAAUGAAGGAGGCGCUUCUCCAAGAGUCGAGGCGGCUGGAGGCGGCCCAUAACUCGGGACGCCCGCCAUGCCAAACGAAGAAUGUGGAAGCUUUUCAUCGGCCCAAUUCACCCCCCAUCCCUCUUUUGCCCUCUCGGCCAACCGCGAAACACACGAAAGAUAAGGGACUUGGCGUGGAGGCGGAUUCUGCGGACCAUCGGGUCUACCGCCUGUCCAUCCCACCCCCGAAUUCGAGGCCCCUGGGGAAUCCAUCGAGCGGGCUUUCGGCCCCCAAAGGGGAUAGCGAUCCGCAAGAACGCCGGGGGGGGGGCUAUCGCCGCCCCAGCGAGCGCGAUUGGAGGCGGGGAUGGCCAACGCCGAUCCGGCGGGAGGCCACCUCCUACGGUGCGGUUCGUUUUCGCGUGCACUCGGGGAUCGGCGGCGUGGAUUCGGCGACGAUCGAUUUGCGCUAUCACCCGCCUUCUCGAGCGCCCACGGAGGCGUCAAGUUUGGCCUUUAACGAGAAACCCCCAACCCCGCAAGCGGAAAGCGGACGCGAUGCGAUUCCAGAGGAGCCAAUCCCUGCGAAUUCGCCUUUUUCACCCACGGAUUCCCCUUAUUUGCCAUCAACGGCGAUUCUUCAAAGUUUGAUGAAGCCAGAGGCGUCUCGGGUGGUGGGAUGGCCCCCGGGACCCGCGGGUUCCCCCCUGGGGGCUCCCCCGCGAUCCUCAACAACGCCAAACGGGACUUUUAGCGAAUCCCCAACCCCCUCAGGGGCCCCUCCAACGCCUGGGAAAGGGCCGAUCUCCCACUUUUUGGACCGAAUGGAGGGAUUUUCCGCGCAGACGGCGAUCCCUCGCGUGAAGGCCGGGUCUCCCACGAAAACCAAACGCGGGGUGAAGGAGGAAAAGUGGCGUCGGCGGGAGGCCCGGGGUUAUCGCCCGGCGUUGAUGGUUCAGGACGCGGAUGGGCGGCUGUCGGAGUGUCGGGCGGGAAAACGCUGCGGGCCGGCCCUCGUUCAUCUAAAAAGUAAAGUCAACGCCCGCCAGGCCGAAUGGCGUGGGGAGCGGCUUAAAGAACUGCUUCAUCAACACCGUUCGGAGGCCCCUUGGGGGGCGGUGGGGGCCCUCGCCCAAUCCAUCGAGGCGGAAAAGCAAAACGCCCUGAUGAAAGGAAUGCGGGCGAAGGAUCGGGCCGCGUAUUGGCGUGACGCCGGCUCCUUGACAAAUUCCUUCGAGAAGUUUGAGGGCGAGGUCACGGCCGCGAAAUACAUCAACGAAGUUCGCCAGGCCCGGACGCUGCGCUCGAGGGAGCAGAUGCAUUUCAAUGCCACGGCCAAAAUUAACUGGCGCUCGAUGCCGCCGGGGCUGUGGAAGCACUACGGGAAGCGGGAUACUUAUUGGCCAACCCCGAGGGUGCUCGGGCGCGAAAAUGAUGAAAGCCACACCGCCUCGUAUUCGACACCGGUUCACUAG